UGUCGGUAACCGGUGCCGCUCCCGCCGUGGCCCCGCCAUGAGCGGCGGGGCCGGCCGCCUGAGCCCGCCGCCCGCUGAGGGCGAGCUCUCCCCCAGCCCCUCGGAGGGCUCGCCGCUCUCGCUCGCGUCCCGCUGCAGCUCCCCGGGCCGUGAGGAGCCGGAGCAGGAGCGGGCGGAGGCUCCCGGAGGCUCCUGGAGCCCGCCGGGCCAUAGGAGGGCUGAACACUCUGAAACAGCAGGGGGGAGAAAAGUGUCACCUUUGAAAGAUAACCUUUCACCAUGGGAAGAGUGGUUCAUUGGCAAAGAGAAGGAGCUGCGUGCCCGCUUGCAGGCUAGAGCUGCAGAGGAAAUGAGUAAACAGCUUGAGGAAAUGAAGCAAAAUCAAGAAUGGGAACGAAGAAAAAGGAUAGCUGAAGAGAAACACAAGGAAUGGGUCCUAAAAAAGAGAGAAGAGGAAAGAAGAGAAAGGAAACGAAAACUGAGCAAAGAAAUGGCAGAAAAAGCAACAAGGGAACUAGAAAAAAUGCAGUUAAAAGAAAAGGCUGACGUAAAGUAUAAAGAAUGGUUAGAGAAGAAGAGAGCUGAAGAGGCAGAAAAGAAGAAAAAAGAGAAGGAAAAAGAAAAAGAACGGGAGGCUGAGCAACAGGAGAAGAGAAUAAGAUCAGAGAAAAUCUUUAAGGAAUGGCUGCAAAAUGCUAGAAAUAAACCACAACCUGCUUUAAAUGGUUAUGGUUUCCCACAUGGGAGGUCUACAGGGAGUGCUGAUAGAAAUUUGUAUCCAGCUCCAGCAUAUUGUAACCCCAUUCCCUGGAAGCCGGUACAUGUGCCUCCCCCAAAGGAAGACAGAGUUCUCACCAUGAAGAAGAGUCAGAGACCUGUAUCUUGUCAGCCACAUGCAGCUUUACCAGUGGUGUUUUCUAAGCCCAGGAGUAACCCUUGUACUGGAUCCCUGUGCAGAAAGAAGUUAUAGUCCAGAAAAAAUGUCCUUACAAUCUUGACCAUAAAUGUGACCUUCUGUGUAGUUACAUGUCCAGUGCAGAUUGCUUUGUGUCUUUUUUUUUUGUUUUCCAUUUUUAUAAGCAGGUUUUGUGUUUACUGCUAGUUGACCAAUCAGGCUUUUGAUGUUUUUUUUCUAUAUUGCAUUUUAGUUUAAAAAAAAAGAAGAUUAAUUGUAAUGGGACUGUACCUCGAUGCCAAUAAAAUGCACAGGCUUGUUUUUUCCUUUCUUGUUGUUAA